AUGGGUCGGCCCUUCAAUAUUACCAAGUAUGUUGAAAGGGUUAUCUUUAAAUUUGACCAUGGAUACGUUGGAAUAUAUCGGAUAACCUUGACAGACCUGUAUCAGAAGUUUCCGAAUGGAUCACCAGAGAAUAUGCCGAAGUAUCUUGCUUCAAAGAUAUUUCUGAGUCGUUUAUUGGCUUCGCGUUGCUACUCAAAUGUAAAUCUGACUCGACUUUCGAAUCUAUUGACCAUAUUGGAAGACGAUUCCUGUGAAAAAAUGUAUUUU